AUGAGGAUUUUCUCAACAACAACAACAACAUCGGACAACAUUCAAGAAGAACAAGAUCAAACCAACCACUUAUUUGAAACUAACUUUCAAUUUAUUGACCGAUCACUCGAUUGGAUUGAAUUAAUUCAUAAACCCUUGGCAACAGAAGAGAUCCCAACAACAGAUCAACAACAAGUCGAAAAAUCCGAAUUCACCCGAAGCGAAGAACAACCUAUCAUGAAUGAAACAUUGAGUCAUCAUUUCAACAACAACAGCAGCACCAAUAAUAACAAUACUCAAGGACAUAGAAAUCAUCACUCUCACAUUGUACAUUUUCAAACAAAAUCAGCAACAACAACAACAACUUCUAACGAUCAUCACCAUGCACCAGAAACAGCAACAACUACUCCAUUCAUCAGGAAACCACCGUUACGACCACCCUCUCAUCCAAAUCAACAACAACACCAACACCAUGAUGUGAUAAAAGAACUUCAAAAACGAACGAAUGGACUUUUUGACGACUCACCCGUUAAUGUUGGAAACGAUAAUGGAAACGAAAGCGGAAGCUCUUCCAAUGGAGACGAAUCAGCCACUACAACUGCACCACAACCAUCCAAUAAUGGAGACAAUCAUUCAACAGCUCCAUCUGUGCCUUCAGCAAGUGAAGGCAUUUCGGAAUUUUGUGAUAAGCUUUUAGAGAACAAGAUUAAUGAAGAAGAGAACAGUGUGAGAAAUCGGCCCACACGGGUUCCCUCUAUGCCUGUACAACACACUCCACAGAAAUCGACGGUACAAUCAUCACGAACUGCUUCUCUCAUACAACACAUUCAGAGUCAACCUAAUUUAACAGUUCCGCCCCAGUCACAACCUAUUUCACUUCUUUCUCAAUCACUCCUGAAGAAAAAUACGGAUGAUGAUUACAUUGUCGUGGAGGAGAGUGAAAUUAUUGAUUCUGCAUACAUGUUGAACAAGAAGUAUCAUAGUGAAGCCGCUCUUACAAAGCUAGAGACAAAACAAAGCACACAACCCAAACCUACCAUCAAACAUAACAUUGGGAAAAAUUUUCCGGAAGGUGCCGAAGCUUGGCUCUUACCUGGGGAAUGCAUAAUCAAUCAUGUCAAAUCAAUUGGUGUUCUCAAGAAUUUGCCAGUCACCUAUUUUCCUCAAGUACAGUCUAAUCCUCAAGCAAUCUCGUCAACGAAUCAUGUCAACAACAACAAUUCAAAUAAGCAUGGUGUGGAAGAGUUUUUAACAACCACAGAGGAAUUUUUCAACGAAUUAUUAUCUGGAACUACUGCUACAAAUAAUAACUAUGCAAGCAGUACGGGAAGCACAACAAGUAAUUCCGGAAGUGGCAGCAACACCAACAACCCUACUAUGGAUCAAUCAGAUACAGAACUCACGCUGGUUUUUGGGGAAUUGUACAUUACGAAUUUUCAAGUUCGAUUUCAGAGCACUUCUAAACCAUUCCUUGUUUUAAGCACUCCGCUUGCAUGCAUUCUGAAAAUGAGCGUUAAAUAUCCACAAACAGAAACAAGUACUUACAGCAACUAUUACAGCCAAUAUUUAAUUUCUGCUCCUACAGUUACGACAGCCACUGACAAAUUCAACAGUCUAGGGUAUAUUAGUAUCAAGAGCAAGGAUUUUCAGGUAUUGAAGUUUUUGUUUUUCAAGAACUCAUCUCAAACAAUGGAAAAGGUCAUGGAAACACUCAAAAGUGCCUGCGGAUCAGCAUCGAGACGACCAUUCGCGUAUCCUUUCAGGAAAUUUAUGACUCCUGAAUUCGGACUCUAUAGCCAAGAAGACAUUGAAAAUGGAUGGAGGGUUUACAAGAUGAAGCGAGAAUUCAAGAGACAAGGGCUAAAACUAAAAAGUAGCACUUCUUUGUGGCGCGAUACAAGUGUCAAUGCCAAAUACAAAAUAUGUGACACUUAUCCCGAACAUUUAAUCGUUCCAAAAGAUGUGAACGAUGAAAUGCUAGUUGCUGCUUCAUUAUUUCGUAGCAAGGGAAGAAUUCCAAUCCUCUCAUGGAUACAUCCUAUUAAGAAACUCUGUAUUGUUAGAUCGAGUCAACCCAUGGUUGGUAUUACCCGGGCCCGAUGCAAAGAAGAUGAGGAAUUAGUGGAGGCCAUUCGAAGAGCUUCUGGAUCGGAACGACUACUCAUUAUUGACUGCAGACCAAAAGCCAAUGCUUGGGCCAACACUGUGAUGGGAAAAGGUUAUGAAAAUAUUUCCUAUUACACAAAUUGUUCACUGGAAUUUAUGAACAUUGAGAAUAUUCAUGCUAUGAGCAGUAGUUUGAACAUGCUCAAAAAAUUAAUCCAAAAACAAAACAAUGAUUUGUAUUGGUUAUCCUCUUUUGAGGCUACGGGUUGGUUAAAACACUCCAAGCUCAUCAUGCAAGCUGCUGCAAAAGUUGUUGCCUCCAUUGAGCGAUUUGAUACAUCAGUAUUGGUUCACUGUAGUGAUGGAUGGGAUCGAACUGCUCAAAUUUGCGCGCUCUCAGAACUGUUGUUAGACCCAUACUAUCGAACGAUUGAAGGUUUCCAAGUCCUAAUUGAAAAAGAGUGGGUUUCAUUUGGUCACAAAUUUUUGGAUCGAGUUGGUCAUUAUGCUCCCAAGUAUGGAAAUAACUCGAUAUCUGACGAAGUUUCUCCUGUAUUUUUACAAUUCAUUGAUUGUGUUUUUCAGGUUUGGCAACAGUAUCCUUCACAUUUUGAAUUUAAUGAGAAUUUACUGUUCUUAAUUUUGGAUAGUCUCUACUCGUGUAAAUUUGGAAACUUUUUACAUAAUUCUCCAAAACAACAGGCAGAAGACAAUGUUACAAAAGAAACAAUAUCCAUUUGGACCGAGGUUAUUGCAAAUCGUUCAGCCUAUGUGAAUGACGUUUAUAAUCCCAAAAAUAGCGACUUUUCAACUUUGAUUGUAAAUACUGAUAUGGAUACUCUGUCUACUCACUUUUGGGUGAGUUACUUUUACAGAUAUAAGAAAGGACCUAAAAACAGAUAUCACCGCAUGUUAAAGAAAGCUCUCACCAAACUGAAAAAGGAUAACACUUAUUUAAUGAACUCGCUCAAUGAAGAGGUUCAAAACAGAAAACGAAUCGAACGCGAACUUUGUGAAACGAAAGAAAAGAUUCGAUACUUGGAGGGUCAUCACUCUUUGGACAGUCAAGGCAUUACGAAUUCGUACGAUAGCAAUCAUGAUCGACUCGAUAGUGCCAGCGUGUCUGAUUAUGCUGAGGAUGGCUCAAAAGUGUUGCGAUUUGGCACAAGUGUUAAUGACAAUUUGGUUGAAAAUUAUUUCCAAUAG